AUUACAGGACAUGAAUACGAGGCAGUAACAUGGAACCUUAAAAACGACAACAAAACAAAGCUUAAACUGAAUCCUUGUUUCUGAAAUUUUUAGUUCAAAAUGAUAUAUCUAUCGAAAUUAGCCUGGCUGUUAUGUUUUAUUAACGCCAGUUAUGGUAUUUGGCACAACAUUACACUUCAGGAUGAAGGAAGAAAGAACUUCCCUUUAAGCACAUUUGGCUUUUUUGAAGGAGGGAAACUGAUCUUGGAUAUCAAGAAGUUUAAAGUAAAAAAUAUGGAAGCUGAUAAAACAGGGGAUAAAUAUCUGGGAUUUUCACUGCAGAGUACAAAAAACGAUGGAAUAUCAUCUUAUAUGGAGAAGAUAUCAACAAAGUGUCUUCUUGCUGAUAGAUCUGAAAUCUCAAAUGACAUGAAAAUUAUAUUGUUCAGUUUCAACUUAAAGGAUAAAAAAAUAAAAAUUGAAAGAUUUGGUGAUAAAGAGUUUAAACUGAUAAAAAUAGUUCCUGUAUUAAAUGCAACAGAAAUAAAGUUUACCCUUCGAAAUUGGCUUGAGUCUCAUUACCAAGCCAUUCCACAUAGGCCUGAGAAUGUAUGUGAUAAUUCCAGUAAGAGUAUCAACGAGUUGGACUUUCUACAAACAAAUGAUAAUAGUUCAGAAACUUUUACUGUUAGGCUUGAAGUUGAAAUUGGAUGUUGUGCUCAACAAGGCCUAUACAACUUGUACUUUCACAAUUGUUUUAACUAUGGCCUAGAAAAUACACACAGUCAAGUUUUGGUUGAUUUAGAAAUGCAGAUGAUCGAACAUAACAAGAACAACUUUUUAUCAGCUGGAGAUAUACCUUUACCUCUUAUGUAUGGAUUUAUGAGUUGUGGUUUCUUCAUGGCAUCAAUUAUAUGGACGAUAUAUUUACAUAAACAAAGAGUGUGGUUGUACAAGAUUCACUGGCUGAUGGCUGCUGUCAUAUAUAUCAAAACAAUAUCUGUAGCUUUUCAUGCUCUCAAUUAUUAUUACACUGGUAAAGAAGGUCUUCAUAUACAAACUUGGGCAGUACUGUAUUAUAUCAUUCAUUUGUUAAAAGGCGCUCUCUUGUUUACUGCGAUAGUGUUAAUAGGGACUGGCUAUUUCUUCGUGAAACAUGUGUUAUCAAGCAAAGAAAAGAAAUUAUUUAUGAUAGUUAUUCCUUUACAGGUGAUUGCUAAUGUUGCACAGAUCAUCAUUGAAUCAACUGAAGAGGGAGAUAAGUCAUAUAAAUAUUGGUCUCAGCUCGCAUUAAUAGUUGAUCUUGUUUGUUGUGGUGCUAUCUUGUUACCUGUCGUAUGGUCCAUCAAACAUUUGACGGAAGCUGCAAAGACUGACGGAAAAGCAGCCAUUAGUUUGCAGAAAUUGAAAUUGUUUCGUCAUUUCUACGUAGUGGUAGUUGGUUAUAUUUACUUCACAAGGAUCAUUGUUUAUUUAAUUAAGAUAACCGUACCAUUUCAGUAUAUGUGGUUGGACGAGUUUUUCACAGAGAUCGCGACCGCUCUUUUCUUUGUUUUCACUGGAUACAACUUUCGACCUGUAAAUGACAAUCCAUAUCUUCAUCUACCACAAGAAGAGUCGGAAGAUGAGAUUGAAAUGAAUGAUAUAUCUGUGCAUUCAUCAUUUGGUGAUCGUCUUACACGAGUAAAUAAACCAGAGGCGAGGAUGGUGCAAAAAACUUGAAAACCAACAUGUUUCUUCCAAACGCGAAUAAAAAUAAAUGCUAAUAGCUGAUGUGCAUUGCAAGGUUACGGGUUGUUCAGAUGGUUGUUCUUCUACGAUAUCAAGCUUGGAUGAAUUCUUACCAAACAUUUUAUUUUGUUCGAGUUGUUAUUCGACUUAUAUUUUCACCUAGAUAAUUGGUAUAUACCAGUAAAUACAAAAUUUUGCUUUGA